CAGAUGACACCACCCCGCCAGCGACCGGAGGAGAAACAAGGGAAGCUCUCUCUCACUUUUCAGCGGAUGAACUAUGUUUUGACACCAGGACGCGUUUAGGGGCUCGUCAAAUGAAUCCCAGCAUCGGGGAAGUUUCUGCGUCUUCACAGUAGCUGUGGGAAUACUUUAAAGACAGUGCAAACCAGACUGUGGCACCCACGGAGCGCCGGUGGCGGAAUGUGAGAAACCCCUUUUUUAGCGCAUGUUCCUCUCCAUUGUGCGCAGCCUUCUCCUGCUUUCUGCGCGUUUGGAAAGCGGAGGAGGAGGAGGAGGGUCGGCUUUUAACGACUCGAUCCCUUGCCUAUGGACGACGGCGGUCCCCUCUCUCCAAAGGCAAAUGCUUUCAGUAUUGCCUCUCUGAUUUCGGCUGCAGAGCAAGCAGGAAACGCAGCGUUUGACAAACAGAGCACCGGCCUGGACAAGCCAGACCUGCACAACCACAGUUCCUUUAAAAUGCACUACAGCACUGUCACCCGGGAAAUGGAAGCCAUAUCCAGCCCGUGGCUGACGCAGCUGUCCCAUUUUUGCGAUGUUGCAGCCUUCACGACGAGCAGCCUGAACAGCCUCAACACGCCGGGGGGCUACCACCUCUCUCCGUCCCCCGGGGACCCCUACAGCCAACAUGAGUCCCACUUCGAGCCCUGCCCGGCCGCUCAGCACAACUACAACUAUCCCGGAUCCAACCCGGGCCAGGCCCCGCCGAGCGACAACGGGACUGCCAACUGCUCCUCGUCGUCUUCGAACUCCACACCGAACAGCAAAACUAUAGUGAAGAAAAACCCGAAAGUGGCCAAUAUUAGUGUGCAGUUGGAGAUGAAAGCUUUAUGGGACGAAUUUAAUCAGCUCGGCACGGAGAUGAUCGUCACCAAGGCUGGCAGGAGAAUGUUUCCAACUUUCCAAGUGAAAAUAUUUGGGAUGGAUCCCAUGGCAGACUACAUGCUUCUGAUGGACUUCCUGCCUGUGGAUGACAAACGUUACAGGUAUGCCUUCCACAGCUCGUCGUGGCUGGUGGCGGGUAAAGCUGAUCGCACACCGGGCAGGGUCCAUUACCCGGACUCUCCAGCCAAAGGCGCACAGUGGAUGAAGCAGAUUGUGUCGUUUGAUAAACUCAAAUUAACUAACAACCUGCUGGAUGACAACGGGCAUGUAAGUACACUAAGUAUCAUGAACUCCAUGCACCGCUACCCCGCCAGGUUUCAUGUGGUUUGUGACCCCCGCAAGGACAGCGAGAAAUACGCAGAGGAGAAUUACAAAACCUUUGUUUUUGAGGAAACCCGCUUCACAGCGGUCACAGCCUACCAGAACCACCGGAUCACGCAGCUGAAGAUAGCCAGUAAUCCUUUGCAAGGGCUUCAGGGAUGUGACCCAGAGGACUGGUGA